UCACAGCUCUCUCAGUCUCUGUCUCUCUCUCUUUUUUGUUUGAGCAGACUCUCUGUCUCUCUCUCAGUUCUCUCUCUCUCUCUCUCUCUCUCUCUCUCUCCUGUUUACAUCCACAAUCUCUCUCUAAAGCACAUACUUCAAAUUUCCUAAUUCCAAGUCUCUCUCUCUCUCUCUCUCUCUCUCUGUUCUUGUACAACCAUGCCUGUUUUUGUUGGAGAUAGCUCAACAAUUUCAGAGCACAAUCGAUUCAGAAGACCCAGAAACCAACCCAUCUCAGAAACAGAUCCAAACCCCCCACAAAUCCCUUCUAUCACUCAAUCCACACGCUGUAAAUCCACCAUCACUUCUCUUCUCCUUUCCACUUUCACCACCACCACCAAUGACACCGCCACAGCCCCACCGAAGAAGAAAAACUUUCCGUCUGGGCCAUUGAGGGGACUCGGAUGCGCCGCCGCGUCGUCGUCGCAGGUAUCGAUGCCGGCGGUGAUUCGGACAUCGGCAAAUUGGGAAGCGAAGAAGGUGAGGAAGAAGAAACAGAGGAAGCAGAACAGAGAACCCCCCAAUCAUACAAACCCAUCAUCAUCAGCGGAUGUUUGGUGUGGUCCUGGGAUUGGUUUCACCACUGAUGUUGAUUGUGUUGUGUCAAGAAGGACUGUGUCAGGAAGACUCAAAGUUGAUUCUGAGAAGAUGAAUCCGAGGGAGCGUCCUUCUUAUUCUACAAGGAGAAUGGUGAACCCUGAACCCAUCUCUUUUAUGGAUGACGACCAUUCGAUGGGAAUGAUGCACUCAGGGUUAGAUGUAUUUGGAGCAAGGUAUCACCGUCAUUUUCGCCAUUCUUCUCCCGAAGGCCUUGCUGAGAUCAUGAUGCUCCAUGGUAGUAUGCUGAUGGGAGGAAGAUCUGAUGGUUUUGAUCGAUACAGGGACUGGAGACUCGAUGUGGAUAACAUGUCGUAUGAGGAAUUACUCGAGCUUGGAGAUAGAAUUGGGCAUGUGAAUACUGGAUUGAAAGAAGAUGAGAUUGUCCACUGCCUCAGAGAAACCAAGCUUUUGGACAAUUCGGUUUCCCAGUUCCCCACAGAAAUGGAAUGGAAGUGCAGCAUUUGUCAGGAGGACUAUGAAGCAGAUGAUGAGAUGGGUAAGCUGGAAUGCGGACACUUCUACCAUAUUGACUGCAUAAAACAGUGGCUUGUGCAGAAAAAUACUUGCCCCAUCUGUAAAACCGCUGCAGCGUCUCAGUAAUGAGACUCCAACUCUUCAAACGUCUGCAUUUUGCUUUCCUCCAUUGUAUAGUUUCGAUCUGCAGCACAAGCAACUCUAUUCAUUUUUUUUUUUGGCCCGAUGGUUUGGUCUUUGUUUAUACAUUAAAAUUUGAAAUGAUGGGUGUUUCGUGAUUGAGAGCCCCAUGUUGAUUCAAAGUUAUGGUUCUGGAAAUCAACCAUGAUCAUUUCAUUUGUCUUUCUUGUUUUCAUUACAUCACAAUGAAAAUGACAAAGUUGAUUACUCUCGUUUUUGCCCUCUGCUUGGAAAUUGAAGUGCUAGGAAUGAUUCUGGAUACAUUGUGGCACGGUAUUUUCUGGAUUUAUUUUGGAACAAUAUUUUGUGGAGGUUUACUAGUA